AUGCGCGUGAACACUUCUCAUCCAUCGGCAUUUAUUACUUUAAUCACGAGCUGUCAACCACGUGUGUUUUCAAGUUCGGGGUUCACUAAUAUAGACUUAUCGAAACCGAUAGAAGAGGAGACACUGCCUGACUACUUGGCGGAGCGCUAUUAUCCAGUUCAUAUUGGCGAAAUAUAUAAUUCUCGGUAUCAGGUAGUAACAAAACUCGGUUUUGGCUCAUCAUCGACGGUGUGGUUAUGCCGGGAUCUGUACCAUAAAUGCUAUAUAACCUUGAAGGUCCAUGUUCGAAGUCGACGGCCGAUCCCGGAGGUAGAAAUCUCAAAUUACUUGAGGACCAUUCAGGACGUCCAUGGCGGUGAAAAGUGUGUACGGCUUGUACAUGAUUCAUUUCAAGUUCAAGGGCCGCAUGGAGUACAUCAAUGUCUUCUCUAUCAGCCUGCUGGGGUGGAUAUUAGUGACUUUAUGCACUAUCUUCCUGAAGGAGCUUUACCCGAAUAUCUCCUCAGGCCUGCCAUGCGCAUUGUUCUUGUUGCAUUAGACUAUCUUCACCAAGCCAAAGUUGUCCACACAGACAUUCAACCGAACAAUAUCCUCCUUGGCGUUGAUGAUGUAUCAAUCCUUGCAGAGAUGGAGGAGGACGAGAUUCCCAAUCCUGUCCCUCGGAAGCAGCUUCAAGAUCGCAUCAUCUAUACGUCUUGUUCAAUGCCAUUGACCAAUGGUGAGCCGGUUCUCUCUGAUCUCGGAGAGGCACGCUUCAGCAAAGAGAAACAAUGCGGUCUCAUAAUGCCGAGUGUCUACAGAGCACCGGAGGUAAUGUUGGGCAUGAGCUGGGAUUAUAAAGUCGAUAUAUGGGCCGCAUGGACUUUGUUUGAGCAAGGGCAUUUGUUCAAGAAUAAGAGCCUCGAGAGUACAUCCGACCAUGCUCAUCGCUUUGCGGAAAUGGUAUCUCUUCUGGGACCGCCCCCACUGGAGAAUCUCGUGCCGAUCCCAGACCAAUCUCUAGAAGGCCGGGAGUCGCAGCUCGAAGGAGGGGAAAAGGGGAUUUUCCUGCAGUUUAUACGAAAAGUUCUCCGUUGGCUGCCUGAAGAGAGGCCUACUGCCUUGGAGCUUCUUUCUGAUGAAUGGUUAAGAGGAAGCGAGUAUUGA